AUGCCUGCCCCGACUCCUUUGUUCCCAGGUAAUGCCCAGAACACCCUGGCCCAGCCCACCGUGUGGCUGACCAUCGUGCUCACCACAGUCGUCUGCAUCAUGCCUGUGGUCGCCUUUCGGUUCCUCAGGCUGAACCUGAAGCCGGAUCUCUCAGACACGGUCCGCUAUACCCAGCUGGUGAGGAAGAAGCAGAAGGCACAGCACCGCUGCAUGAAGCGGGUGGGUCGCACGGGUUCCCGGCGCUCUGGCUACGCCUUCUCCCACCAGGAGGGUUUCGGGGAGCUCAUCAUGUCUGGCAAAAACAUGCGGCUCAGCUCCCUGGCGCUCUCCGGCUUCACCACGCGCUCCAGCUCCAGCUGGAUUGAGAGCCUGCGCAGGAAGAAGAGUGACAGCGCCAGCAGCCCCAGCGGAGGGGCCGACAAGCCCCUCAAGGGGUGACGGCUGGGACGGGGACGCCCCUUGCCGGUGAUCAGCGCACGCAGGGCUGGCUGGCCACCGAGAGGACAGCAUCUCGGAACUGCGGGUCCUCAUUCCUUGCCCAGGUCCUCAUCCCAUCUCCCCUGGUAGAUUCUGUCCUGCUGGUCCCACUAGGAGUGGCUGGGGCAUCCCCAGCCCAGGGCCCUCCUAGCAGCUGGGAGGGUGGAGGGGGCCGGCCCCAAGGCCAGAGCGGGGGCUGACCAGCCCCAGUGGGGGAUCAGAUGUGGAACCAAAAACAGAAGAAAAAACUGUGAGAGAUUGUGUCUGCCCCUGCCCUGCCUGGGAGCCCACAGGGAGACUGUAAUCUCUGUAUUUUUUUACUCCCACUCCCCAGAGGGGCCCCAGAGCCCCUGUUCCUGAAUUACACAAGAAUGUAUCAUGCCGGGAAGCCAGAGACCUGCUGGGGCCCUGGGCCCCUCACAGUGUGUGUGUCUCUCCUUGAUGUGUGUUUGUGUCCAGUUUGGUUUUGUCUUUUUUAUUUGGCAAGUGGAGGAGGCCUUUAUAUGACUUUUAUGUUGUGAUUGGUGUCUUAACUCUCCUGGGGAAGAGGAGGCCGGCUAGAUGUGGAGCGGUUUGGGAGGGGCUGGUGCCCACGAGGGACAGAGAGGCUGACGAGGGAGGGAGGUGCCUGUCAGCCACAGGGUGCGGGGAGAGUACACAGGGGUCCGCUCCUGUGUCCUUCCUCACCUUGAGAGUGAAGUGCUACUCCUCCCCAACACACACAACUCCUGGAUUCCGUAAGUCCUGCUGGUAUUGGGCUGGAGCCUAGGAAAGUGGCCCCGUCCUUCUCAGUGACCUAAAGCUGGGUGUGAAAUGUAGUCCUGAGAACACUUUCUUUAAUUUUAAAUUUAGACCCAAGUUCACUGGCAGAGUCUGUUCUGACUUUCCUUCUCCCUCCUCGUUGGUGUUUUCCUGCGCCUGAGGUGGCCCGAAAGGGGAAGCUGAGCACCAUGAGAUGAGGCUAAAGGGAAGCCGACCUCUACUUCUCCCUCUGGUAAAAGAGGUCCCACCCCCUCCAGGCCCAGCACGUGGCAGGAGUUGGUGGGGUCCCUGUACUGAGUGGUGGGGAAAAUCAGAGGAGGCGGCUGCCCCGUGCCUGGCUUGGUCUGGACAGCAAAGCUUCGGCUUGCCUGUCCUCCCUCUCCGUCAUCUACACCUAGGAAGCUCUUCCCCAAAUUACGUGUCUCCCAAGUUAGUUGCUACCAAAUCAGUCUUGGGAAGAAUUUUUUCCUUGUCUUUGGUAGUGGAGAGGGUUACUCAGGAAUGGUGUGGAGCUGGGAGUGGGCCAUGUGGGAGUCCCAAGGGAACUGGAGGUGGGCUGCGUUGAGGCAGGGUGGGGUGGGCAGGGGAUGAGGGUGGGGAAAGCUUGACAGGGAAAUUCUUUAGGCCACACGGUUUACAAACCCAACAUCAUGUCUGUUUGUGUGUCUCUCAAGGUGAGAGUGAUUUUUAUACCAAAGAGGAAAUGAUUUUUUUUUCAUAUUUGGUUUGUCUAUAUUAUAUAAAUAUAAAUAUAUAUAUAUAUAUAUAUAUACAGUUAUAUAUAUAUUAUUUUUUUGGU